CUCCCCUCUCUUGGCUUCCAUCAGCCUUCAUGGUUCUGAUCUCACCCCACGCCAUGCAAGCCACCCGGGCGUCCACCGCCGUCAGUCUGGUUGCAGACUGCGGAAUCCCAGCCGGGCUCCGGAUAGGACCGAUGCCGGGCGUCUUUAAAUUGGGGAAGUACGUGUCGGACCGCAAAGAUUUUGGGCCCAAGAAGAAGAUUCGUUUGGUGCGGGAGGAGUUUGUGGACGAGUCGGGUUGUCCGGUGCCGGACUGGAUCGGACUCAUCCGAGCCGCCAGAAACAGUCAAGAACAAAACUUGGAGGCUGUGUCGGAACUACCUGGCGGACAGAUUUUUUACCGAGUGAUGAGAGAAAUUCCAGCCGGAGAGGAGCUCAGUGUUUGGUAUUCUAAUGCUUUGGCUCAGUGGUACGACAUCCCCACCACGGCAACCCCCACGCAUGACGAGAAAGGUGAGGAGCGUUACAUCUGCUGGUACUGCUGGAGAAUCUUCAAGUACCCCAACACCCUCAAAGCUCACGUCCACUUCCACUGCGCCCUCAGCAACGGUCGAGGCUUCGUGAAUAGCGAGCAGGCCCGCGGCACGGAAACCUUCAGCCGGUCCCCGAAGUCUGGGGACAUCCCCAACACGUCCUCGCACAACAUCUCAGACUCCAACAGGCGGCCUUUGUCCUCACCUUUCCUGGGAAAAGCCGGGCUGGCCAAGAGAAGCAGCGCCGAGGAGCAGGACCGAGCCCUGGACAUGAGCGUCACCUCGUCCCGGAACCACGCACACAUGCUCGGCCUCGGCUCAGCGUCGUCGGUGCUGACCUCCAUGGGCUUCCACCCGGGUGUGCGCUCCGCCUUCAAGCCCACCGGCGUGGCGAAAGGCCCGAUGGGUGACGACGCCGGCUCCAAGAUGGCCGGGCUGGGAUUCGGCAAACUCAUCGGGAACAUGAAGCCGAACGGAAGCGGGAACCCCUCAGCCAAGUGCGGCCCCGCCAUCAUGGACGCUCCCGUCAUGCCUUGCGCCAACGCCAUCCGGGGCUUUCCUCUCCUGCCUCAUGUGGAGGAAACCUCCGCUUUCAAGCACGUCGAGAGUCGCUUGCACGCCGGUCUGUCCCCUUCCCGCUACUCCCACGUGCCCCCAGGACUCCAUUUUGAACGCUUCUCCCUGCCGAACCUCGACGGUGUCAAGACUUAUGGCGGCGACUGCAACAUCCCUCUUAUGCCCUUCACGGUCUACAACGGGGAGCUGCUGUACAGUUCCCCGUAUUACCCUCUCAAAUUCCAUUUUAGCAACCUCCUCAAGUACCCAGACUCCAUGUCCUACUUUGGAGCGCCCCCCAUCACCCAAGACCUGGGCGCCAUCACCAACAUCGACCGGGAGAUAGCCAUGCACACGCAGCAGCUCUCCGAAAUAGCCGCGGAAAAGAACCGCGCCAGACUGGACCCUUUGCCGGCGAGCAGCAACGGCAACGCCGGCUCCGGCAAACCCAAAAAGGGCCACUUGUGUCUGUACUGCGGCAAGCUGUACUCCCGGAAAUACGGCCUGAAAAUCCACAUGAGGACUCACACGGGCUACAAGCCGCUCAAGUGCAAAGUCUGCUUCCGGCCUUUCGGGGACCCCAGCAACCUGAACAAGCACAUCCGACUCCAUGCGGAGGGCAACACCCCGUACAGGUGCGACUUCUGCGGCAAGGUUCUGGUGCGGAGGCGGGACCUGGAGAGGCACGUCAAGUCCAGACAUCCGGGUCAGACCGUCCGGAAGUUGGACGACAAGGCGAGUUUGUUUGAAGGCGCAGAACCGAAGAGCGAUAACGACAGCGACGUGGACGUCUGCUUCACGGACGACCAAAGUGAGCCCGAAUCCAGCAAGAAUAACGACUAAGACAAUUUCACAUUUUUUUAAAUGUACAAUUCCACCAUAUAUUGAUACUUCUCUCGCCCCUGUCCUAAUAUUGCCAUCCAUUUUCUACCGCUUAUUCCUUUCGGGGUCCCAUCUCAGCUACAAUCGAACGGAAGGCGGGGUACACCCUGGACAAGUCGCCACCUCAUCACAGGGCCAACACAGAUAGACAGACAAUAUUCACACUCACACACUAGGGCCAAUUUAGUGUUGCCAAUCAACCUAUCCCCAGGUGCAUGUCUUUGGAGGUGGGAAGAAGCCGGAGUACCGGACUCCACACAGAAAGCUCCCGAGCCCGGGAUUGAACCCAGGACUACUCAGGACCUUCGUAUUGUGAGACAGACGCACUAACCCCUCUUCCACCGUGCUGCCCCUAAUAUUGCCACGUUUAUUUAAAAAAAAACAACUAUAUCCUAAAGCGGGGGAGUCCAUGAGGGGACCUUGGCGCCCAUGGUUAGUUUUUUAUUGGCCCAUCUCACAUUGUAGAAAUUACAUAAAAAUAAACAAAGCAAAAUGGCACAUGAAGAGUAAAAACUGUAGUUUUGUACUGCAAAAACAAAAUACGUUUUUUAAACCAUUUUGGCACACACACAAAAAAAUCAAAAUCCAAUAUGUUGAAAAGAAGAGCAAAAUGCAUUGUGUAAGGCAGUGGUUCUUAACCUUGUUGGAGGUACCGAACCCCACCAGUUUCAUAUGCGCAUUCACCGAACCCUUUAGUGAAAAAUAAAAUGUUUUUUUUUCAAAUUCAAGACAAAGUUAUAUGUUUUUGGUAACACUUUAGUAUGGGGAACAUAUUCUAAGUAACAAAGACUUAAUUUAGAGUUAAUUGGUUAGGGCUAGGGUUAGAGGGUUAGGGUUAUAAUAAGGCCAUGCCGAAUAAGGCAUUAACAAGUACUUAAUAAUGACUAGUUAAGAGCCAAUAUGUUAUUAAUUUAGUAACUAAUUAAUGGUGAAUAUGUUCCCCAUACUAAAGUGUUACCAUGUUUUUUUUACUGGUGCACAAAAUGAACCGUGCAUGAACAUCACCUUGUUCAAAGAACAAAGCCAACACAGUGCAUAAACCUACAACAAAUUACACACCUGCAAAUCAGUCUGACUUCUGCUGUUGCCGUAUCCGUAAUACGCCGAUAGGGAGAAGUUUUUAUUUACACGAUGAGUCGGGUGUGUCUUGACCUCCGCCGAACCCCUGAGGCCGACUCACCGAACCCCUACACUGGCAUAAUGUAAGGGUAAACGUUGAUUCUAUUAACACAACGCUGACAUGCAGGUUAAUUAUUUGCAUAUUUUGGAUUGUUUUUAUCCUUUUUUUUUAAACGCAAUUUUAGUUUGGACACCCCUUUCCUAUAAAUCAAACAUUCAAGAGACGAUGGCGACUGUAUGAAACCAUAAGCAAGUUGAAAACUUGUUAAAAUUGCAAAAUGUCAAUGUUGUUUUAAUAAGAAAGUGACAGUAUAUUAGUACUUAUUUACAUGUAUUUUUAUUUUGCAGCAAUAAAAAAAAAGGCCUCUGUUUUUAAUGUACCACUGAGGUUUACUCAGAUUUAAAAAAGAAAAAAAAAUGUUGCAUUCCACUAAACUGGUACAUCAAAUGAUUUUUGUUUAAUUAUUAUUUUUCUUAAUCGAUUGAUGAAAUUUACAUAAUUCACUACAGUCACACUUCCCUGACAAUUACUGUUUGCACUUUAAGGAAAACAACAUUUGCAAAAAAAAAGAAAAAAAACUGGCUGCCUGAUGAAUAUUUUAUGAAUAAAAUGUAUUUCCUUGACUUCAUUUAAAACACAGAUCCUUGCCUCACUCUUGAACACACUGUACUUAAUUUUGCACUUUCUUGCCGAGGCACGCUGUUCUUAAAGAACCAACCAGCAGCGCCCAGUUUAUUUAUGGAAUUAUUUCUACAGAGAGAAAAUGUAUAGACUUGAUCUAUGUAAAAAUGUGUAAAGUAUGAUAUUUCACAUUACGGUGUUGUACGUGCUUGUUUAUACGUCACAUUGUCAAACGGGACAAGAUUUUUACCCCUGUCCGAUAU